AUGGCGAGCAAGGCCCACCUCUCCUUCUUGCUUCUCUCGGUCGUCGUGGCCUCCCUGGUCGGCUCGUCCGCCGGCGUGUUCCACAUCGUCGGCGCCGGCAAGGGGUGGACCAUCGCCCCCAACCAGACCUACUACGCGGAUUGGGCUCGCACCCGGGACAUCCGUGUCGGCGACAAGCUCAUGUUCUUGUACCGGAGCGGGGUGUACGACAUCGUGCAGGUGCCGACCAAGGAGCUGUUCGACGCGUGCAGCAUGAACAACGUCACCAUGCGCUACCAGCUCGGUCCCACAAUCAUCAAGCUCACCGAGCCCGGCCCGCGCUACUACUUCUGCGGCGUCGGCAAGCACUGCGAGGGAGGGCAGAAGGUCGCCGUCAAUGUCGCCCCAGCAGUGGCGGCCCCAGCCGUGGCGGCGCCAGCAGGGUUGCCCGUGCCAACGCCGCCGGCGUCGUUGGCGCAGCCAGCAAAGAAGAAACUAUAG